AUGGCUGUAAGAGGAACACAGGAAUCAGCCCCGACCCACACGAAACUCUACAGACCAUAUUUCGCCCCCGCCGAAGUCGAACGCCUGUCAGCGAAGCAGCGCGGCAAGCUCAGUGUCUCGAGAGAGGAGCGGGCUAGGCAGCAGGCCUGCUCCUUUAUUGACGCCACAGGGGUCAGAUGUGGAUUUCCGAGACGGACAAUUGCAACAGCCCAGCAGCUUUAUAUGAGGUUUCACCUCUUCUUCCCAUACAAGGAUUUCAAUUACAUCGAGGUUUCCCUGGCAGCCCUUUACGUAUCUUCAAAACUGCUUGAUACACUCAAGAAACCGCGCGACAUCAUCCUUGCCUCUUAUCCCAUCCGAUUCCCUCAGCUUGUUCGAAAAGGGACGAUCGAUCCUUCUGUCGCCCAAGCACAUGGACUAGAUAGCGAGCGCUUAAGAGUGCUGAGUAUAGAGAGGCUAGUAUUGGAGACUUUGGCGUUCCAUUUUGGGGCGCAGGAUGGGUUAAAGGUGGUGAUCAAGAUUGGCAAAAAGCUGGGAUUAAGCAAGUCACUAUGUGGUGACGCUUGGAGAGUGGCUAUAGAUUGUCAUCGGACACAAGCCCCUCUCUCCUACCCGCCUCAUAUCAUUGCCCUUGGAUCGAUCUACGCAGCAUCUUUACUGUUAUCCGAGUCUGACCUGCCGAGUGAGCCCUCAUCAACGGCCAACGAAAAGUCAAUAUUAUGGGUCGUGGAUUUACUGGGUAACGAGGGCGGAUGGGAGAAAGAUUAUAUCACAAGCGUUGGACAAGUAGAUGACGUCACCCAUGCUUUGUUGGAUCUAUACCACUCCAUCCGCUCCAACCCUGAAAACCAGCCUCUCCUUACUCCCUCCCCUGUGUCUCCCCAUGAUCAUCCCCCAUCGGCCGCUCCCCAGAACCCCUCGUCCCUGUACUCGUCUCUCACAGCUUUUCCUUUACCAAGCUACUGGACACCACAGACGUUGACAGAAUUGAAGAUCAGAUUGAGGGAAAAGAGGGGCAGUGUGGCCACAGUGCCUCCUAUGUGGGAUGGAAGGGAGGACGGAGAGACGGUGCAGAUCUCAGAUGGGAUGGGAAGGAAUGACGCUACAUUGAGGUUUUUGUGGGAUGAGGAGACUAUCAGUGGUGGAGAUGUAGGCCCAUGA